AUGUUCUUUGCAAAGAUGGGGCUCCAUAAGAUGCCCGUGGAGAUUCUCCUCAAUAUCGCUGAAUUCAUCAAGAGCGAAAAGGACCUUGGGGCUCUUGUUCUUUCAUUCCGCUACGCGUAUAUAACGCUUAAUAGUGUCUUAUACGAACGUAACGUGUUUGAAGCUCACCCCCAAGAUUCCUGUGUUCUUUGGGCGGCUAGGAACGACUCGUUGAAUACGAUAAAGCUAGCCUAUGCCCAUGGCGCAAACUUGGACCUCUAUGACCUGCGGUCUGAGCUGAGAAUAACCAUCGUGUGGUCCAAAAGGAGAAGGGUGGAUGCUAGAAGGAUAUUCUCGCCGCUCCACAUGUCUAUAAUGAAGGGAUUUCAUCACAUCACACGGUAUCUCCUUGAUCAUGGGGCCUCUGUCGACAUUCCGUCAGUCGGCCUCUGUAGCUGCCAUGCCGUAAACUUCAGACCACUCUUUCCAGCAUGGUAUCCGCUCCACACAGCCUUGGCUCAUGCAAAGGAGGGUGAAAUAUCGUCAGAGAUGUUGAUACGACACGGCGCGCGCAAAACGGCAAAGGAAUGUCCCGGCCUUAGCUUUGAAACAAUCAGCUACCAGCCGAGCUUGGCCAGGCUUGUGGCUGAUUUGGGAGGCCUCAGAGAGAGCAAUGUAGAUGUCGCUGGCUUGGGGCCGCUCCAUCUUGCCUCGCAAAGUGGGAUGAACGAUGUGCUUGAAAUGAUCCUCGAGGACCCUGAAACCGACAUUAGGACAAAGGGCCUUGAGGACAACACUAGUGUUUUGCAUCACGCUGUUGCUCAGCGAAAUCUCAGCACGACAAUGCGGCUUCUAGAAGUGCCAGGCGUAGAGAUUGAGACUGCAGACAUAUGCAACAGGAACGUCGUUUUCGCCGCAGCAAGGGGUUGCAAUGAUGGGAUCGUCGGGUCCCUGCUUACACUGCUUCUCGAGGGCGGUGCCAACAUCAACUUGCAGGAUACGCAUGGCAUGACUCCUCUGUAUGCCGCGGCAUCCAGGUCGACGCUUUAUGACUAUCCCAACUUCAAGGCCGUUGAAGCACUGCUCGCUCAAGGGGCCGAUCCCUUUUUGUGCCAGGUGAACCACAACAGCUGGACCAUCUUUCACCAACUGCUUCGGCCAGCCCCCAAUAUCGGGGAGGUGGUGGAACCACGUCGAGUCGCGUUGAAAAGUCUCAUUGAGAUGGGGCUUGAAUUUGACACGAGAUCCUGUACUCAUAAUGACGUCGGCCUCGACUAUGACAGCGAUGCCACGCCGCUGUUCUUUGCCGCCGCACAAGCCCAAGACCCAGAGUGCACCGAGAUCCUGCUCAAGGCCGGUGCCAGGCCGGACACGGCGGUGCUAAAUCGAGAGAAUCCAUUGCACGUACGGGAGGAGAGCUUUCUGCGAGGCCUGUUCCGUCAUCUCUGGGAGACUGCGGGACGCGCGAGAGCUCCUCCCUUGAGCCAAGCUGGUGAGAUCAUUGCCAUGCUCCUCCAGUAUGGCUCCAGGCUGGAGGGCGUCAACGGUGAGGAGUCUCCGCUGGAGUUUGUGUGCGAUCGCCCAAAGCAGAGGAUGGAUUACUCGCGGGUGGAUUUUGUGCUGGAGCACGCCACGCGCGAAAAUGUUUCUCUCAAGCAUGUGAAGAGGGUCAUCUCCAAGCAUGAGCUCGCGUCCAGUGAGGCUACCGGUAUGGAUGCUGACCAUCACAACAUCGUGGUUCACAAGCUUCAAGAGUUUAUAGAGAGGGUAUUUCCUGGGGAGAUUGUGGAUGAGGACGCUGACGAUGACAUGGACGUCGAUGUCAAUGUUGAUGACGAUGACGAUGACGAUGACGAUGUCGAUGUCGACGAUGAGAUAUACUAA